GCAUGUGCCAAAGAAAGCAACGGAAGAAUGCUCCUGACCUUGAGAACCAAGGUGAAAAUGGCAUCAUCGCCCAGGUUUUCCCGCCAUGUGUCAUAUGUUCAAACUGCAAUAACUACCCAUAACAGUCAACCAAAACAUCAUGACCAUCGUCAAAAGUCUGAUGCAUUCUCUGAAAAUCUCUUGCUUCUCUUGAAGCAAUGCAAAUCCAUCCGUCCCGUCCAGCAAAUCCAUACCCAAAUACUUAUUAAUUCCAUUUACAAGCACAACUUUCUCCUUGCAAAACUCAUUGCUCUAAAAGACUUCAGCUAUUCCCUUCAGCUCUUCUUGCAUCUUCCCCAUCCUAAUGACUAUGCAUUCAACGUUUUCAUUAGAGGGCUCACGACAACGUGGGGAAAAUUUGAUCUUGCAUUGCAAUUUUACUGCAAAAUGAAGUCUUUAGGUGUAAAACCGGAUAAUUUCACGUACCCGUUUGUGUUUAUUUCCUGUGGCAAUCUUUUGGACUUUGGGCAUGGUAGAUUAGCUCAUUGUGAGGUGUGGAAAAAUGGGCUGUGGUUGAAUUGUCAUGUGUGUCAUUCUUUGAUCACGAUGUACUCGAGAUUUGGUGAGUUGAAUUUUGCACGGAAAGUGUUUGAUGAAAUUCCGGUUAGAGAUUUGGUGUCGUGGAAUUCAAUGAUUUCUGGGUAUUCCAGGGCUGGUUUUGCUGGAGAGGCGGUGGAGUUGUUUUAUAAAAUGAGGAAUAAAGAGGUUGCACCUGAUGAAAUGACUCUUGUGAGUGUUCUUGGUGCUUGUGGGGACUUGGGGAACCUGGACUUGGGGAGCUCUAUUGAGAAGUAUGUUGUGGAGAAAAGCAUUGAGAUGAAUUCUUACAUGGGGUCAGCUUUGAUUGACAUGUAUGGGAAAUGUGGGGAUUUGGGCUCUGCAAGGAGGAUAUUUGACAAUAUGGGGAAGAAAGAUGUGGUUACUUGGAAUGCCAUGAUUACUGGAUACGCACAAAAUGGCUUGUCAGAUAAAGCAAUGUGCUUAUUCAAUGCCAUGAAAGCUGCAGGGGUGGAUGUGGAUAAAAUCACUGUGAUUGGAGUGUUGUCUGCAUGUGCUUCAGUUGGAGCUUUGGACUUUGGAAAAUCUAUAUACAAGUAUGCAUCACAAAGUGGCUUAACGGAUGACAUAUAUGUUGGUACUGCAUUGAUUGACAUGUUUGCUAAGUGUGGGAAUCUGGACCUUGCAUUUCAAGUUUUUGGAGACAUGCCCAUAAAAAAUGAGGUAUCCUGGAAUGCAAUGAUCUCUGCUCUUGCUUUUCAUGGGCAAGCUCAAGAGGCUCUGUCAUUGUUUGAGCGCAUGUUAAGGGAGGGUGGUAGUACUUCCUGUCCAAAUGACAUCACAUUUGUUGGGCUGCUUUCUGCAUGUGUACAUGCUGGAUUGGUCGAUGAAGGCUGCCACUUGAUUGAUUUGAUGAGCUCAUCUUUUGGUCUGGUUCCGAAAAUUGAACAUUACUCUUGCAUGGUGGAUCUUUUCUCACGUGCUGGACGAGUAUAUGAAGCAUGGAACUUGAUUGAGAAGAUGCCAGAAAAGCCGGAUGAAGUUCUCUUAGGAGCACUCCUUGGUGCCUGUAAUAAAAUUAAAAAUGUUGAUGUUGGUGAGCGGGUAAUGCAGCUUCUCCUGGAGAUGGAGCCUUCAAACUCUGGCAACUAUGUGAUUGCAUCAAAAAUCUAUGCAAAUCAAGAUAGGUGGGUUGAUUCAGCAAGGAUAAGAUUGUUGAUGAGACAGAAAGGCGUAAGUAAGACUCCAGGUUGUAGCUGGAUUGAAAUGGAUAAUAAACUUCUUGAAUUUCAUGCUGGUGAAACUUUACAUAGUGCACAAAAGGUUUAUCAAGUGCUUAACAUGCUGUACAAAGAGAUGAUGAUGGAAGGUGGAAUGUCAGAUUCAUAUGUUCACUUAGUGGAAGAGUAGAACUUUAGAUAUUGGCAGAUGAUUGGCGUUAAAAGUAAUCUCUUGAGGCAAAUUUUCAGAAGACCCUUCAUCUCAGAGCGUGGCCACGCCAGAAAAGGUAGAUGCUCCCGAAAAGCCGGAUCCGCGGGACCAAUAGCAGGAGACCCAAUUAAGGCACUAGAUCCAUGUGAACCAGAUGCGUGGGAUUAAAACCCAUAGACAAGUCCUGCUCCUAAUUGCUUUGGCUGGCGGCGGCUACAAAAGGCAAAAGAAAGCCAGAUUCACGUAUUAGGAAUUAGAUAACUUUAGUUUUCUUUUUCCCUAGCCGUCAGACAUUGUAGACUCUUCUCUUGCUUUUUGGCUUUGACGUUUUUUGACUCUUUUGCUUUGGCUUUGGCUCUGUACAAUUUUCGUUGGCUUUUGCGUUGUACUUCGGCUUCAGUACGAACAUUAACGCAAA